AGGAUCGAGUCGCUGGCCGCGAGCGGCGACGGCGUUAGUCAAGUGUCGCCGUUGACCCUAAGAAAAUCGAACCCCACGAACCGUCCGAACGCUUCGGAUGACCAACGAUACCUCACACGAGAAAGAGGAAGAAACUGCGAAACGCACAUUCCGCAAGGGAGAUUACCGAUUCGAGUGGAACGAGUGGAGUAUGGGUGCGGCCGGCAGUAGUAACGGCGCGCCGUCGUCGGCCCCAUUCAGGGAGGAAAGCAACGGCGAAAACGCGUUUAUCUACGGCACAGAGGAGUCCUCCCGCUGUCCGGAAUAUGCGAACGAAAAUAUACGACAAAGGACGAGAAGCACGACGUUUGACGUGGGUGAAGAACCCCGAUCGCAGGGCCCGAGUCCCUACGCGACCAUCAGAGGCGAGGAAUGGUGGAGUCAAAGACCAUCGGCACCGAGUUUGUCGAACUUGCGACCUUCCCCUCGCCGGGAGACAUUGUUGACGUACGCCGCGCAGAUGACAGGUUGGCAGACGGCCGAGGGGCACGGGCCUCCGUCGUUCCCGCAGUACCAAGAGGCCAUGGAGCUGUCGAAAGUGGUGUCGCAGCUAGCCAUGGCGAACCAGCAACUGGCGUCAGCACACACCGCGACCCUCGCGCAUUUGGAGGCAUUGUACGUGGAACUCCGAAAGUUAAGGGAGACGAGGAGGAAGACUGGUUCGUCGGAAACGCUGGACGAAACUUUGAAGAAAAGACUGACCGUGGAACAUCACGAGGAAGAUGACGAGAGUAGAAGAAUCGAGUCCAGAGUCGAUCGAUUGGAGAACCUGUUGAUCGGUGAACAGAGGACAAUCAGUCAGGAAGAUGGGGACAGGAAGCUUCGAUUGAGGAUCGAGAGACUGGAGAGUAUUGUGAAAUCCCGUGGACUCGACAGGUUUAUCUGUGAUUCGUUAGAAGAUCGAAGGUCGGUGUGUGGAGAAACGACGUGUAGCAGACUUCCGUCUAGCAUCGACGUACCUGAACUCGAUUUUAAGACACGGAUCUCGAACGACGAAGCUCGAACGAUGUCUAGAAUUAGUGUUACGCAAAACGAGCAGGGGACAGAGUGGGUCGCGAACGACGAAACGGAUUCACAGGCAAACUUGCAUUUAGAGAACACGAAAAAGACAGAAUCCAACGUGGAGGAACUGAGAAGGAGUGUGAUUAGGUUGACGGACGAGGUAGAAAGAUUAGAAGCUGAACGAUUAGAGUAUCAAGGCGAAACUAAGAGGCUGGCGAACGAUCUGGUGGUUCAGAAAGCGCUGGUGAAGAAGCUUAAAAAGGAUAAUGAGGAAUCGAGGAAGCGACACGAGGAAGUGGAGACGAAUUUAAAAGAGCGCAGAGAAGAGCACGAGAAGCUGAUGGCAAGGUUCGACGUUGCGACGAAGGAAACCGAGAGGCUGUUAAAGGAAAUAGACGGAUUCAACGCGCUGAAGGACACCGCCGAAGCCAGGAUCUCGAGUCUCGAGCAGGAUUUGCAGAGAUGCUUGUGGGAGAAGGAGCAAAUCCGGGACGUCGAGAACGAGAGGACCUCGAAAUUGAAGGCGCAGCUAUCGGAGGAGGUGUCCGACAAGAAGAAGCAGACGAAGGCACUCGAGGACGCCUUGGACGAGAUUCAAAGACUGAAGGAGAUUGUCAAGACUGAGGCGAAGGGCCACAGCGACGAAUCGUCCAAGGAUAUUGCGAUCGACGAUCCGCAGGAGAGUCCACCCGACCGCGCCACGAAUAUCGAGGAAUUCAAGAAGGAAUUGACCUUGAAGAGGGAGGCGAGACAAAGGGCGAUCGCGGCGGUUUCGUCGGAGAUGGAACGGCUCAGGCGGGAAUUGGACGCGGAGAAGGAGGCCCACUCGGAAACCUCGAAGGUUUUGGAUCUCCUGAGGUCCGCGCAAAAUGAGCAAGCUCAAACCGUAAACGAGACCUCCAACAAGUCUACAGCGAAACAUUCGACGAUGGAUGAUCAAGAACUGGCAGUGCAACGCAUGGAAGCUAAACGCCUGAUGAGUAUUCUAAAGGUAUCUGACGAGGUGAGAAACGAUAUUCGCGUGCAGAUAGACAAAUUGGACGACCUCCGCUAUCAGUUGGAAACUGAUACCGAUCAUCAUCGACAACGUAUACGUUGCCUAUCGGAUAUGAGCAAUCGAACGCGGGAAGCAGUUUACGCGAGGGAACGGCACACCAACGAGUUGAAAGAUCGUCUAGCGGAGAUUCUCGAACGGCUUGGCGACAAGAGCUUCCUGGAGCCAAAGGACGAGGUCGGCCUCGAGUGCGAACGUCAGAUGGAAAACAUCAACUGUCUGAAGAGCCUUUACAACGAGAGGCUGAAACUGCUGAACGAGUUGAAGGACGCGGCUGUCAGAGAUUCGGCUGACACUCGGGUGAGGCUGGAUCACUCGUUGAAGGAGCGCGAAUGUUUGGAGGAAGACUUGAAGAAGGCUGACGAGAAGAUCGAUGCACAAGACACGGCGAUCACGAAUCUGGAGUCUCAAUUAGGGCUUACCAAGGCGGAUUGCAGGGAUCUUCAGAAUCAGAUGUCGUUGAUUAAUGGCCUGUUCACACAAAUGCUGCUGGGUGCCAACUCCGCCGACAUGGAUCUUGAUCGACUGACUCAGUUACUUCAAGAGAAUCAUGAUUUGAUAUGCGACAUGGCGAGGGAGGAAGGCACCGAGGCAGCGGCGCUACCGAAGCUUCUUUUAGAUUUGAUCGAACAAGUCGAGGGUAACAAAGGACCUCAGAAACACUCGGAGAGCGAUAACGCUGCCGACAGUGAGACAGAAAAGAAAGAUGAUGACUUGCAACAAGAAGACAUAGCUCACAAUCUGCCUAAGGUGUGGCGCGUUUUAUUAGAACUGUUGAGUUGCCAUGCGGAAGGCGCUCCGUCCACCUCUGCGGCGUCCUUCUCGGACCCUAACAUCUGUUACAAGUCGGUCGACACUCCAGCUGGUCCCCGGCUAGUGAUCUCAGUCAGCAAGACCUACAUUCGUCUGAAGGAGCUGAUAUUAGAGAAGAAACACUUGGAGAAGGAGAUGAACCGAAUGAAACAGCUGAACACUCAUUUAGAAAGCAAGCUCGGUGAACAGAUGAUUUCAGGAAGUCCUCAGGAAUCGUUGAACCCCUUGGAUCAAGCGUUAACGAACGUCAUUCAGAAUCUUAUAGUAAUCGACGAGAACAUCACUUCGACAACUUUUUCAAGAACGACGAGUAACGAAGAUAUCAUCAACGAAGAUCAUGCUACGAACGAUCCCGAGGAUAGACGAUUGUACAUCAAACCCUGGACCACAUCUAAUUCAGUGUUACCAAAACUGAACGAAGAUACCAAAGAAGUUCCUAUCGUUGACGUUCAGCAAAUAGAAAGUGAAUCAUCGAACGAUCUUGCGAUAACGACAGAAAAUGCAGACGGUGAGAAAGCAAAAAGCGAAGAAUCCCCAAAGUCAAUAGCAUGCCACACACUUAACGUAACAAGUACGCAGCCUGUGUUCUCCAUCGGGCCCUUCCCACCGUCCAUCGUAACACCCUCGACCGUGAAAAACGUCCAAUUCAGCGAUCCGUUGAUCGUCGGCCCAUCUAAUCGAUUUUCUGCUCCAGUUUUCGGCGCGUCGCUGACAGACGGUCAAUUUCCAUCGACGUUUAACACCCCCGCGAGUUCCGACGCAGAAUUCACGGUAAAACAUGGUACCAAGAUUAUGGAAAACGUCGAUUCGGAUAACGUGUCCGUAGAAUCCUCCUCGAGCUUAGAGACGAUCAAAGAAUGCCCCGUUCCUUCGAGCUCAUCGGUUGACAAAAAAGAAAUUAGUUCUGCCGAAGUUGAUUCUUCGAAACAGGAAGAGAAGAAGCUGCCCAUUGGUAAAAUUAGGACACCAGAGGAAGCUUUGGCUGCCAGGGAAGACAGGUUGAAAAGACUGGAAGAGCAAGCAAAGUGGCUGAUGAACAAAAUGAACGCGACUAGCAGAAGAGGGUCUGCAUUGAGUACCAGGUUGGAGGAGCUUCACGAAGCUUAUGGAGAGCCUCCGGUGCCUCCUCCCAUGCCGGAUGUCCUACCCAGUCGCAGGUUGAAGACUAGUCUGCCGGAUCUACCUCGCCAGGUAUCUGAAUCAUCGAGCACCGAGGACGCUAAUUGUAAUACCGAGAAACCCGUCUCAAGCGACGAGUCCAACGAAUCGUCGCCCAAUAACGCGUCUUGAAACGCCCACAACUUUCGAUCACGCGAUUAUUUUUGUCGAACGCGGAAACGUGAAAAACACGUGCCACGAACAACGCGCGUUGGCUCCCGUUUCGAAGACUAUUUACGAUGAGUCAACAGACUCCGAUUUAAAUAUUCGGCAAACGGAUAUCCCGAUUACGUGAAUUCGAUGUAUCCUUCAAUCCAGUGAAAUAUAUCAAUGAUUCGAAGCUAGGAAUUUGUCAAUGUCUAUAUUCAAUGUACCCUUUUUAACGAUCGACUAUUUUUAUUGUCUAUCACUUUAUCUAUGUUGUAACGUUUCGUUCCUAACGAAAAACCUGAAUGUGAUCAGACGCGAGUCCGUUCCUGUUUUAUACCUUCUACGAAUUGUACUUAUUAACUUCACUGUAUAAAUAAAAAAUCUCUGCAAUAAA